ACAGAGCAAAAAAAAAUACUACGCGAUCUUUCUCUGUCACUGUACGAUGCCCUAGAAUCGUUUUCUCCACUUCUCCCCUCUUCUUUGCUCGAAUUGAAGCUAACCAUAGUCGUAUGCAAAGAUCAAAUUGAAGCUCGAAUCAAAGCAUCCCCUCUCUUCUGUAAAUGAAUCAAAGUUCUCCUUUUUUUUAGGAACGAGUCCAACCAAAUUUUCGACUAAUACAAGAUUGCAAGCAUUUCAGUAGUGACUGAGGAUAAUUACAUCAAGUAAUUAAAGAUGCCACUCUAUGACUGUGUGCUAUUACUGAAACCCCACGUGAAGCAGGAAUCCUUGAUGGACUUGGUUGCUAGGGUGGGGAAACACGUUUAUGCUCGAAAUGGUGUGCUGACGGAGAUAAAGUCUUUUGGAACUGUUCAUCUGGGUUAUGGUAUUAAGAAGCUUGAUGGAAGAUACUUUCAGGGAAAACUAAUGCAGAUGACCAUGAUGGCAACACCCAAUAUAAACAAGGAGCUUCAUUACUUGAACAAAGAAGACCGACUAUUACGAUGGCUCAUUGUGAAACAUCGAAACACAAGGUUUGGGCUUGACAGCAUGGAUGAUGAAUAUUUAAGAAGUGAACUAAAGAAAUUCGAUAAGCGUAGCAUAUACGGUUCAGAUGAGGAUAAGGAUAAGGAUGAAGACAAUGAUGAUGACGAGUAUGAUGAGGAGGCUGACAAGCAAGAUGGUUGAGGAUCAUUGGUUCCUGUGUGACUUGCUGUUACUGAAGCUCGUUCUUGCGUUUUUUGGCAGAAUGCAUAUGCAACUCUCUACUGAUGUUCCUUUGCGUUUCUUGCUUUUUUUGGCAGAAUGCAUUUGCUUAUGUUUUAAACAUUUGUACCUUUUUGACAUAGAGAGUAUGUAUAGUGUACUUCACUUGUCCUGUAAUAAAUCGUAUACCUGAAUUAUCUCCUUUCCUCAAAAUUUUAGGAUGUUGUGGGUUCUAUUAAAAACCCUUUGAACUUAA